AUGGAGUCCCAAGCCCCAAGGGACAAAAACGUCCACAUCGACGACUCAGCCGCCUUGGAACAACUAGGCCAUAAACAAGAACUAAAACGCAACUUUUCCAAAAUCUCCCUCCUGGGUCUCGCCUUUGCUAUUCUCAACACAUGGACCGCCCUCUCCGCUUCUAUUUCUCUGGCCUUGCCCUCCGGUGGCCCUAGUUCAGUUAUCUGGGGUUUGAUGGUUGCUGGAAUAUGUAACCUCUGUUUAGCUGCACCCCUGGCAGAGAUGUUGUCUGCGUAUCCUACUGCUGGUGGACAGUAUCAUUGGGCAGCCCUGUUGGCGUGGCCCAAGUGGUCGAGAGGAAUCAGUUAUGUUACCGGCUGGAUUAAUGCAGCGGGUUACGUCGUCUUGACGGCUACGGCGCCUUUGCUUGGAAGUACCUUCGUCACCGAUGCAAUUACAUUUAUGCAUCCCAGCUAUAAGGCUCAAGCUUGGCAUCAGUUCCUAAUUUACCUCGCCUUUACGCUCAUCGCAUUGGUGAUCAACGCCUUUGCAACGCGGUUGCUUCCUCUCUUCAACAAAGCCGCCUUCCUAUGGAGUAUUUCCGGGUUCAUCAUCAUCAGCAUUACAGUCCUGGCUUGUGCUGCACCGGAUUAUCAGAGCGGCGCUUUCGUCUAUGGAAAGUUCAUCAACGAGGUCGGCUGGCCUGACGGCCUAGCUUGGAUGCUCGGCCUACUCCAGGGUGCUUUUGCUCUUACUGGCUUUGACGCUGCGGCACACAUGAUCGAGGAGAUUCCAAACGCUCGCGUCGAGGGCCCUCGCAUUAUGAUCUGGUGUAUUUUGAUUGGAAUGGCAAGCGGCUUCAUCUUCCUUUCGUGUCUUCUAUUUGUUGUCAAAGACGUUCAAAACGUCAUCGAGUCCCCUGCCGGUGCGCUGCUGCAGAUGUACUUUGACGCCACGAACAGCAAAGCUGGAAGUAUCUGCUUGCUCGUCUUUUCUAUUGUAUGCAUGGUCUUCACUGCUACUGCGAUCAUGACGACGAGCGCAAGAAUGGUCAGUAAAUACCUGCUCAACCUCUCGUUGCAGCUUUCCUCGUGCUCCUUUCCUUGUGUGGUUUUUUUACUGACCCUCUUUGCUCAGACCUAUUCUUUCAGCCGCGACAGAGGUCUGCCGUUUAGCCAUAUCUGGUCUAAGGUGCAUCCUACACUCGAUGUCCCGUUGAACGCACUAUUCUGGACGACAGGUUGGGUUAUCGUCUUUGGACUGAUCCUUUUAGGAUCUUCGAGUGCGUUCAACGCUAUCACUGCAGCUUCAGUCGUUGCUCUCGGCGUAACUUAUGCCAUUCCACCGGCAAUUCAUUUGUUGCGUGGUGGAAACUUGCUUCCUGAAGACCGGCCUUUCAAACUGAGCACUCCGGUGCGCUGGGUGUGCAGUCUGGUCGGUAUCGCGUGGGCCAUCCUCACCACAGUCCUCUUCGUGUUCCCACCCGAACUUCCCGUUACACCUACGAACAUGAACUACUGUAUCGCUGCGUUUGGAGUAAUUCUCUUCCUUUCUGUCGGCACAUGGAUCUUUGAUGGAAGAAAACACUACAAGGGUCCUCUUAUUCAGAUGAGUAUGGAUGGAGCUACUUUAGAGGGUGCGUCUAUGGCUGAGACGACUUGUACUUCUAACGUUGAAGAUGAUAUGAAGAGCCAUAAACCUGAAUAG